GGGCUCGUCCACGCGCUUGAAUUCAUUAAGUAUACACACUGUGAGAGAACAGCGAAUUCGCUAAUAACAAACAAAUUGAUAAAGCAGAAUGGAGAACGUCAGAACUUUUUUCGCUGGACAGAAUAAAGACGGCACAUUGACAAACAAUCAGCGAAACGGUGGACUCAAUUUAUUUAAUGGACGCAUCGUGCCGACUGGCAUGAGCAGCGGUCUACAGGGCAACAUGAGCCCACACAUUGGAGGGGUGAAUGACAAAACACAUCACGAAGUGAAGCGAAAAGAUAACGACAGUUAUUUCUAUAUAAUGUGGCGCUCCUAAGUCAAAUCACGUGCCUCUAACUAUACUCCAGUGAAACUCUUGGUCUAAAGUUACCUGCAUUCGUCUUAUAUACAAUUUCUACGCUGCACAAAUACGCAUAAAUAAAAUUAAUUUUAAUAUAAAUUUUAUACAUUUUGUGGACGCACGCAGUUCUUUUGGACUGCCGAAAAUUGUAUAUGCUAGUGAUAUUAGUUUUAGCAAAUUUGCUUUCAUAAUUUAAAUUAAAAAAAAACUAAAAAAAAAA